AAGAAAAGUAUAAAUCAAUGGGGAUUGGGCCCAGUCAGAAGAAGGCCCAAUCUGAACACUUUCCAACGCGUUUCACUUUCCGGGGUUUCAAUUCUUGCCCUAACCGCCUCCUUGACGAACAGUCGAACAGAGAAACAAAAUUGUCCGUGACAGUCGAGUCACCUAUCGAACAAAUUACUCCGUCUGAAAGUUGGAAACAAAGAGCAGAAACCCUAAUCCAAGCUUGAGAUAUAUCGACGUGCUUGCAGUUGCAGGUUCUGAAUCCCCGGCUGCUCGUCAUGGCAACCAGGCUUCAAUUCGAGAACAAUUGUGAAGUUGGUGUUUUCUCCAAGCUGACAAAUGCAUAUUGCUUGGUUGCGAUUGGAGGUUCUGAAAGCUUCUACAGUAUCUUUGAGACAGAGUUGGCAGAUGUCAUUCCAGUGGUUAAGACCUCGAUUGGGGGAACUAGAAUAAUUGGGAGGCUAUGUGCUGGAAACAAGAAUGGACUUCUAGUGCCACACACAACCACUGAUCAGGAACUUCAGCACUUGAGGAACAGUCUACCUGAUUCAGUUGUUGUCCAGAGGAUAGAGGAGAGAUUGUCUGCUCUUGGAAAUUGCAUUGCUUGUAAUGACCAUGUUGCUCUUGCACAUACUGAUCUGGACAGGGAAACUGAAGAACUGAUAGCUGAUGUUCUUGGAGUUGAAGUAUUCAGGCAGACGAUUGCUGGUAAUAUUCUUGUAGGAAGCUACUGCGCUCUCACAAACAGAGGCGGUUUGGUGCACCCCCACACUUCCAUUGAAGACCUGGACGAGCUUUCCACCCUUCUCCAGGUCCCCUUGGUUGCCGGAACAGUUAACCGCGGCAGUGAAGUCAUCGCUGCAGGAAUGACAGUUAACGAUUGGACAGCAUUCUGUGGGUCAGACACCACAGCAACCGAAUUGUCUGUUAUCGAGAGCGUUUUCAAGCUGAGGGAAGCGCAACCUAGUGCCAUUGUCGACAAGAUGAGGAAGUCCUUAAUCGACAGUUACGUCUGA